AUACUAUUAGAACAACCUGAAAUUCAUGCAUUUUACAUGUCUCCAUCAUUGUUCAUGCAAUUUAGAACAGCUACAAGUCUUUAGUUGAAACCGGAAGUAUCAUGCUCUUCUGCAGGCCUCGUAUUGAUUGAGAAGCUUCAUAUUUGUUUGCUUGUAUUGUGCACUGAAUGCUUUUGGCAAUCACUGUCUUGCGGAUCAAUUUAUUCGGCCAUGGUCUAGUGUAAAAUAUUUAGCAAAAUGAAUACACUUCAUUAAUUAAGCAAGCAAAGAGAAGUACAAUUUUUCUUAAAAGUAUUAAUAAAUAAAUGAAUUAAAAAUAAAAGGGAAAAUUUAAAUAUUCCACAAAUUAUUUUCUCUAAAAAUUAGUUCAUCUUUUCAAAUAAAAAGGAUGAAAUAAUAAUAAUGACAAAUACAUGGACUAAAAAGUAAUUUACCUUUAAUCUCAGGUAGAAUUGCAACUCACGUUGCAAAAGCAGUCGUUCCAAUCCGAUGUCGUCUGGAAUUUAAUUUAAUUUAGUUGAGUUUCUCUUCCCCCUUACCGUCUAGCCGCCAUGGGAAUGUGAAGAAAGAUAACCGCAGAACAUCUCCGCAGCUACACAAACUGCACGCUAUACGCUAAACCUAAAAAACCCUGACACUAAUCUUUCUUUCACCAUACACUCAGUGAUGAUCCCAUUCAUAUCAAUGGUGAAACCAAGCUCAGCCACCAACUCCGAUGAUACGACGUACCACACCGUGUUCAUAGACACCGACCUCGACACUCACUUGGCCAUGAUCGUCUCCAGCACCGACACUGUUUCCGAUCUCAAGCAGAAGAUAAUGCUUCAACAUGCCCAGUGCUUUCCUCAAAUUGGAGAUAUUCAAAUCCUAGCUUUAAAGGUGAAGCGGAGAGGGUGCUAUUAUCAUUUAUCUGAUUCUAUGUUGGUGAAAAGUGCUUUUCAUGGGAUUAAUAAAACUUGGUUCAUUAGUGUUGCCGCGUCUAGUGUAAACAAGCAUGAUAACAAUCAGCAUUUUCUUAUUCCGGAUUGUAACAACAUGGUUGUUUGCUAUGGUAUCUCUUGCAACGGUUCUGUUCAUGGGGUUAAUCUUCUUCAUGAUGGUUAUCCUAGAAAGUUGUCCAGUGUUAUUGAUAAACAGCAUCUGGAAAUCCCUGUUGCUGCCAGGUUGAUUUUGGAUGUUGCUGGGAAUGGGGAAGAUGCUAGAAAGGAUUUGGAGAUAAGAGUUGAACAGAUGGGUGACAAUCAUGGCAUAGCUAAAUCUGUGGACAUCAACAAUGGGUCAGAUUCUCAUACAUUGGAGAAAGUUGAUCAAUGUGAUAAUGAAAAUGAAAUUCAGAAAACACCAAUCGGAGGCAGCAAAACCAGCUCCAGGACUGGUAUUGAAGAUGUGCCGGGGAGCUUACUGCUAGAAGGUGCUUUAGAAACUGGACAUCAUGCAAAGAAAAAACCUAAAGGUAAAAGCAAAAGUAAGCAUCCUAUAUAUGACCUGGCUUUAAAGGAGGAUAUUUCAUUACCCGAAUCUGGUAAAAAUGAAUCACAGCCAGAGACAGUGGUGCCACAAAGUUUUCUGGAAAAUACAGUUGGAACAAGAAACAAGAAUAGUAUUGAGGAGCCAAGCAUGGUUUCAUAUUCUGAUGCCAAUAGGGGGAUGGAUUCUAUAAUGCAGGGGACAACUGUUUUGAGUGAGGAGACUAGAAUGCUAGGGAGACAUGACGGAAGCAUUUAUGAUAAAUCAAGGAGAAAUUGCAAUGAUGUGCAAUGUUUUAAAUUAGUGGAAGAUGCUUCACAAUCAAAGCCAGCAGCUAAGAAAAAGCGUAAAAAUGAAGAGGGAAAAAAAGGUGAAGAUUUACUGAAAGAUGAUCAAACUCUAAUCUCUGAUUCUAAUAAAAAGAUGUUGGAGAAUCCCACAGUCUCUCAGCAAUUUCUGUUUGACAAAAUGAAAAAUAUAAAUGCCCGUUUAGAUGGUUCUUCUACUGACACUCCUGAGGUUGUCCAUUUGCAAUCAGUAGAUCCAACCAAUGAGAAGAGGAAAAAGAAAAAGAAAUCAUCAAAUACUCUUAAUCAAAAAAUUGCUGCUCCUUCUGGGACAAAUGUUGGGGAAGAAAAUCGUGGGGAUCUGAGGGAUUUGUGUGAAGAAUUUAAAGCAGAAUUUUUCAGUGGACAACACAUCCAGAGUCCAUUAAUUUCUGAGCAUGGUGGAGUCUCUCUGACAGAAAAGGAUGGGAAUCCUCUCCAAGAAGCAAACACAACACUUUCUUCCCAAGAAUUUGAUGGAAGCAACAGAGCAGCUGGCAGUGUGAAAGACAGAAAUAUUGAAACUGUAGGUCCUUCAAAAUCAUCGAAGAAAAGAAAGAAGACCAAAAAAGCAAAGGACACAUUGAGUGGAACACCAUCCACAUCUGUUACAGAACAGGUUAAAGGUUCUGAUAUUGGCACAUCUCCAACUAAGCCUCAUAAAGCUGCUGAUGGAGAUCACUCUGGUGACAAUAUUAAUAAGCAGGAAAGUGAUAUAUCUCCGAAGGACAGGAAAGAAGUAUCAAUUGCGCCUCAUAAAGCUGACAAUGGAGAUCACUUUGGUGCUAAUGUUAAUAUGCAGGAAAUCAAUAUAAAUCCAGAGGAUAGGAAAGAAGUAUCAGGAAUGGACACAAUUAGUACUUCUUUUUUGGCUACUGAUAAGGAAAUUGAUAAUGUAAUCCAAAAUGUGGUGGAAUCAGUGCAACAGAUUAGAAAAGGCCAAGUGGACUCUCAACUUAUGGAUGGGACAUCAAGAAAGACAACUAGGAAGAAGCGGAGUUCAUAUAAAAAGAAGUCUGCAGAAUCUGAAAAAGUAAAUGAGAAUGUUGGUGAUAAACCUGCACCAGCUGAUAACAUAGGAGAGGUAGCUGAGGUGAUGAAACAAGCUAAAUUGGCGAAUGCAGAUUCCACAAUUCAAUUACAUGGAUCAAAUUUGGAGGGUGAAAAAGAAAUUACAUUUGACAAUGAUCCUCACAGCCCUCAAUCUUCCCAAGUUAAACCACAUAGACUGGAAAGAAAUCGUGAGGGAAGUUGUGUCAAAGCUGUUGUCCAUGUGAAUCCCUCUGAUAGUGGCCAUACAAAGGGAAAUACUGAUGCUAAGGAAGUUUCCUGUGAAAGUAACGGGAUUGACUUUAAUGAUUAUUUUUUGCCUAGCCAAAAUAGCCACAAGAAUGGUGAUUCUGCUGAGGUUCUUGUUGAUAAAGCGACUGAAACAAGGAGAGUAGAUGGUAAGAUGAAAGUUAAGGUGGACAAAAGUAAGCAUGAUGCACAUUAUCAUGGUCCUUCACCUGACAUGCACAGUUCGCAGAGGUUAAAUGAGAACCAUGCAGUUGGAGUGAACACUCAAGGUGACAACUCUAGUACUGGAGAGCUUCUGAGUUCAGUGUCAAAUACGAAGUCCGAAAAUGUCGUGCUUCAACCGAACGAGGAACCUUUGAAUGCUUCUAGGAGUGUAGCAAAAGCUCUACCAUGUAGCACCUCUGACAAGUUUGAUUCUGUUCCUGAAGAAGCUAGAAUACCUAAUGCUGCCAAGCCUUCUGUCACCAGUGCUCAUGCAAAGAGUAAAAGGGCUACACCAAAUUCUAGCUUGGAAAAUUCUAAAAGCAGAGUUUUUCUAAAUACAAGAGUUAAUGGUCUUCAAUCACGUGAGAAUCACAAUCAUAUGGAUGGUAAAAGAACGUCCAGAAUUAAUACUGGGGAAGUUGUGAACAACUCGCAACAUAAGAAAAGCUUAAUAGGAGCUUCAGGUUCAAUAUUUAAUGACGACAGUAAUGAGUCUUCUAUGAACGAAUCUGAUAAUUCAGAUGCCGGUACUAGAACUCCAUCAGACAAUUCAUUGUCUUCUGACUACUCAGAUGGAGAAAGCAAUACAGAUUUUAACUCAUCACAAAAUGGAUUUCACAGCUGGAAAAGAGAGGGAGGUGGAAAAGCAUUCACAAAACAAUUCUCUUCUGGCAUGACCUUGGACACGAUUCUUAGAAGUUCAAGCAGAUACAAGAAGGCGAAGCUUACAGCUUCUCAAUCACAAGCUGAGGACACAGAAAGCCAGCCUGUUGAUUUUGUCCCUGAUAGUCAACCAAACCCUUAAUGGCCCUGCCAUAUUAUCAUGUCUAUGUCCUCCAGGAGUUUUGUUUUUUAAGUGGUGGUCUGCAGAGACCUCCGCCGUGUUCCUGGAAUUAUUUUUGGCCGAGACAGUGAGGCAUCAGGCAAUUGAAUGAUGUUUUCUUUUCUUCUUUUUUCACCUUGUUUGUGAGAUUAGAAGCAUUGUAAAGGACAUCGAAACAACCUGAGUUUUUGGAUGCUUAUUUCUUUGAUAUUGACUAUUUGAAUUGGGUACA